AUGCUGCUCAAGAAGGGCACCUUUGCGCAGCCCGCCGAGGCCGCCUGGCGGGGCGGCCUGCUGGUCGGCGCGACCUCGCCGGCCGUGUGCGCCGCGUGCGCGCGCCGCGGGGCGAGCGCGGACCCCGGUUGCGCCCCAAACCUGUCGAGCAAGAGCUACCAGAAGUCCUCGCCCUGGAACGCCAGCGUGGGGAUGCAGACCGCGCUGUUUGCCAUCGACUUCACUUCCGGGCCAGAGAUGAAGCCGUGGGACCACACCCAUGGGUACGCCACCGCCCAGGGCGUGAUGCGCGUCUCGGGCGUCACCCUCGCCGGCUUCGACGGCCCCGGCGCCUGCGGCGGGGAGGGCGUGUUUGCGCUGGGGAACCACCAGUUUGCGCCCGACGCGUCGCACCCGCACUUCUUCUCAGAGAUGAACGUCGUCGGCGUGGCGGCCCCCGCCAUGUUCCACCUGAUCGCCCCCGACCCGGAUUGGCGCAACGAGAACGACUGCGGCGAUGCGGUUUUCACGCGCGGGGACGGCAGCGCGCUGCCCCUCAACUGCGCCGGGCCGAGGCAUUCCUAUUUCCGGGACGUUGACGGCACGCUCCUGGGUGCAGGGCCCGGCUCCACCGUGCUUGGGCGGUUUGACAGCGCACACUAUGCCACGCUCCAGGACCAGGGGCCAGGCGCGGUGCCGGGGCCGUGCCAGUGGAGCGAGGACUUCACAGCGUACGUCUGCAGGCGCGGUGCCACCACCACCGACCUGAACAGCGGCUGGCUCCCGUCGCCCAUGCCCCCCGCGGGCAUCUGGGGUGACCCGCAGCUGUUCGUCCUCGAAUCGAGGGAUCCCGACAGCGAGGACCGCAACUUCUCCCCAGUGAUCGCGGAGGCCGGCGGCGUGUCAGACAUCUUGGUGGCUGCGAUGGACCAGGGCUGGUGCUUUGCAUACACCUGCCAGAAGCGCCUGAGCACCUUCUGGAUGACAGCGCCAAUGGGCCAGGAGCUGAGCAUCAACUUCACUGGCACGCCCUCAAAGGUUUUCCGCCUGUGGCUGCCAUAUGCGGACGCCGGCACUGAGGCGGUGUUCAAGAUUAACAUGCUGCAGACGCCAAACAGGUGA